AACAUAUAUUAAGAUUGUUGGCCGUUUGUUUAGAUGGAGAUUCUCCGUUACUAGUGUUGGAAUUGAUGGAAAUUGGUGACCUGUUAAAGUAUUUGAGAGAAUGUCGAAAUUUGCAAACGUCAAAUUCGCAUGCUCUGCGUUUGCAAGAUUUGUUCGCCAUGUGCGAAGAUGUUGUUACUUGGAAGAGUUGCGUUUCGUACAUAGAGAUCUAGCGUGUCGCAAUUGUUUAGUAUCUUCGAGAAAUCGCGAGGAUCGUGUCAUCAAAAUUGGAGAUUUUGGACUAGCUAGAGAUAUCUACAAGGAUGAUUAUUAUCGCUUGGAAAGAGAAGGUUUGCUUCCUGUUCGCUGGAUGGCACCCGAAUCUUUGAUGGUCAGAAAAUUUACUUCUCAAAGCGAUGUUUGGUCAUUUGGAGUAUUAAUGUGGGAAAUUACAUCGUUGGGUGAGUUACCAGCUGCAGGUGAGCAACCUUAUAGUGCCAAGGCUAUUGAAGAAGUGGUAAAUUAUGUACGUGCUGGAGGCAGGUUGCUGAUGACUCUUAACUGUCCGUCACCAUUGUAUCAGUUGAUGCUAAAUUGCUGGAGUGCAGCGGAUGCUAGACCAAAUUUCAAAUUUUGUCUGAAAAAUAUUGUAGCAUUAAAAAAGAACAUAGAAGAUGCCUUACUAAGUCCAGUCGAUACUAUUUAGCCGAUAUACUUAAAUUAAUGCUUAUCUUAUUUUCCA